AUGAUCCUUCAAGAGUCCGAAGAGGGUUUCGCCGAUGAGAGGGACAACCGGUCCAACUUACAACUAGAUUCCACCGCAUCCUUUCCCACUUCUUCGUCAUCAAGUGGUCGAGUGCCCCGCUCGAUCCCCUGCUCUCUGGAUCGCGACCUCGUCAGCAGUUGCGUUCCCGGUGAUUUUGUGCACGUUGUUGGCGACGUUAGCCUCUUGCCGGCCGAGAGCUCAAUAAGCCAGUCAGGCUCUAGCCAUCAGCCAAUCAGCUCACUGGAAUCAGGACGUC